CGUUUACUUUCGAUUUUGAUGUAAACAAUGUUGCAUGAUGGAUUCUGAAGGAAUAGAAAUUUCGUUGCCCGUGAAUUUCCUCCACGAGGCAUUGAAAUCCGAGUCCAGUGAUAGAAUUCGAACAUGUCUUUUUAAUACUCAUUUGUGUGAUAUUAAAUCGAGAAUACAGAUCGCAGACACCAACGAAGCUGCGUUAUGUUUGUUCGUAUGCAAAACAGGACAGAAGGUCGAAUGGUCGAAUGCUUUAAAGAUACAUAUUACCAACGUCUGUCUGGACGGAAAUGAAAUAAAUGAAAAACAGGGAUGUCAAUUUGACUUUGGGGUGUCGAAUACUUUAUCAAGCGCCGUUGUUAAACCUAACCUGUCGUUUACCCAGAACCCGGGUGUAAAAGUGCCAAACAGAAAACGAGGUAGGCCAAAGAAGUCAUGUGCUUCAAAUGAAACAAAGCAGAAAAUGCCGACAUUGCAAACAGAUGGGAAAAGAUAUAGUUUACGUGGAGUUCAGAUUUCAGAGUCCAUCAUGAAUGCAGAAAAGGGGAUCGAAUGUGAUAAUAAAGAGGAAGAGUAUGAAAGUAAAGGUGAAGAAUGUGAAAGUAAACGCGGAGACGAGAUUUCUUCAGUGUCCAGAGAGAGUGAAGACGGAAUGAAUGCUUCAGAUUAUUGUGGUAUUGAUGGCAAAAUCGUAGAUGAUUUAGAAAUUUUUGAAGGCGAGGGCGAAUUAAAGGUGACAGAAAGUAAAGGCCAAUCAAAGCUCAUGACACAAGAAAGCAAUGGACAAGAAUCAGAUAAACGUCAACAGAUUGAUACCAAUCAAAGUAAUUCAGUUUUGCAGGAAUUUACAGCUGAAUGUUUCAGCAAACUUUCAAAGAAAAUGGUGAACAAACUAAAAGACAACAAAUAUGUUGAGGUCAAACAACAAAGUGAAAGUAAUAAACAAAAUCUAGACCAAUCUUCUACAUGUCCUCGUUGUGGAAAGUCUUAUAAGAACUUUCAGACCCUGCGAAAUCACAUCAGAUAUGUGCACAAGACUACAGGCCAACAAAAUCAGUGCACACUUUGUCCCGCUAAGUUCAAACAUAUGUCCGUGUUAAAGCAGCACUUUGAUGAAAUUCACAACAAGAAAGUGAACUAUACGUGUACCGUCUGCAAGAAAGACUUCAGCAGGAAGAAUCAGUUCAACAGGCACAUGCUCUCUCACGGAGUGGAUAAAUCUAAACAUUUAAAAUGCCCACAAUGUGACAAAGGUUUCUGGUUCAAGUACAAUCUAACUAGACACAUGGAACUGGUUCAUAAACCAACAACAGAAAACUUCCAUUGCUCAUAUUGUGGGAAAGGGUUCAAUCUUAAGGCUGCCAUGGUUUCUCAUGUGCAACAGGUACAUUUCAACAUUUUCCCAUUUCCGUGCAGUGUGGAAGGCUGCAAACUGGUGUUCUCUCGACAGAAGCAGCUUCUUGAUCACAUGAGGCAGACGCACUCCGAUGUGAAUUUUGAACCUCCCAAACACUUCCGGGGAAGAUACAAGUAUGGGAGAAGUGACGAGGACCUGUUCUUCUGUUCUCACUGUAGAGUUAGCUUCUGUUACAAGGCCAAACUGGUGGAACACAUGCACUUUGCUCACAAUGACUCCUUUCCUUUUGUGUGUGAUCACUGUUCUCAGGGAUUUGUUGAAAAAUCCUUCUUGCUACAUCAUCUCAAAUAUGCCCACAAACAAGAUAUAGACAGCAAAGCAAUUCAAGAAGCAAGUAAAGGGAGUGAUGAAGAUUUUGAGUUCACAGAAUCCGAGGAAAGCGACGCCAACUGUAAAAUUAUAAUGGUGGAUGAGGCAGGGAAAGUCCUACAGAUUUGUCAACCAAUCACCAAGGAUACCACUGCUACAUUAGAGAUACCGGGUAAAUUAACAGAAUCCUCAGAGAUGGUAACACUGUCAUAUUCGAUGACAUCAGAAAAUCAGGAGGGGACAAUAGAGUGUGUCAUUCAGCCAGAUCAGACGGCAGUCAUUCCCCAGGAAAUUGCAGAUAUGCUCGUCUCUGGUGGGGAAACGGUAAUUGCCCAUCAAACUAGCAACAGGUCAGAAAGUGAUGACAUCACAAUCCACACAGAAAAUAAUGGCAUCGCUGCUUCAGAUGACAGUACAAAUUUUGUUGUACUGAGCAGUCAGCUAGACCAAGUCAAUGAAAUCUGCGAGUCAAAUGUUACAAUUUCUAGUGAAACACAAGCUGCAGCAAGCAGCAGUCUGGAUACAGACCCCGCACUAGACUCCACGGACAGCAAUCCUAUAGAAACUGUACAAUAUCACACAAUGAGUGAAUUCUUAUGAAUAUCAAAUGUUGAUGAGAGAAAAAUAUUUGCAAUAAAUCUCAUUAUGUAGUAAA